AUGUACAGCCCCACCUUCAUCCCGCAUGUGGAGACGCCUCUGGAAGACGACUCCGGCGCCACACCUGCGCUCUGCGCCGUCUCGCUGCACGCCAGGGAGGUGUGCCCACACGAUCACACGAACAGCAUUAACAGGAGCUACUCUGACUUAGACAUUGCGCGGUUUGUCAUUUACGCCGCCGCGCUUUGCUGGAUGCGGACCGCGCUGCAGCAGCCCCUUAACCUUGCCUUAGCGCGCCAACAAACAUGCAGUACUGCGGGAUCCAUGAGUGCAGCGCAGAUUGUGCGGCACGUUUACAGGACGGAGGGACGUCUGCGUGGCCUCGCGCAGGGGAUGACGGCGCUGACGUUUGGAUGCGCACUCAGCGAAGCGCUCUAUCUGUGGCUCUUCGAAUACAGCAGGGAGCGCCUUCCAUUAGAGACGGACGCAUCGCGGGAUGCGGUGUCGGGGUACAUAUCGGACGCCGUCUGCCGGCUGGUCCACCUCCCGCUCAGCAUCGUCGCGCUGCGGCAGAUGACAGCGAGAAACACGGGAGUCAAGGGAGCACACGGAACAAAGAACAUGCUGCAAACACUGGCGGGGAUGUACCGCGAGGGUGGGAUGCGCACCGUCUUUGCCGGCUACGGCACGACACUUCUAGUCGGUUGCCAAUGGACAGCGGUGUGGUGGGCCUUGUACGGCGGCACCAAGAGCCGGCUGUACGAUGCCGCCAGCGCCUUUUUGGAGGAAGAGGACCAGGUGCAGCAGCAGGCAGCGAUGGGCCUACACUCGUGGAGACACUGGCUCUUGGCGAAGGACGACAAUGUCCUGCUAAACUCAGUGGCAUCCAUAUUCACCAGUACCACCACAGCCGUGCUAUUCAACCCGUACUUGGUUUUGCGCGCCAACCUGCAGGUGACGCCAAAUGCUCGUCUCUGGCAAGUCGCACGAGAAGUGUACCGCACACGAGGACUUAGCGGCUUCUACGGGGGACUCGCACUCAGUGUGGGGACGUGUCUAAUAGAUGGGGUGUUGGCGUCGACAUCGUAUGAGUAUGCCAAGAUGUGGGCAGACAAGACCCAUAGUCACAAAUAA